UCGUUACGGCUUCCAGCAUUUCACAUUUCAUUCGUUAAUAUAUCAAAUACCCCUAUAUAUACCCAAUCAGUCAAGGUAUUACAUCGCAAGUAAAAUAGCAUAGCCAUUGGCGUACUCGAGGGCAAAUCGGGCGCACCAUGUCUUUCUCGCUGCCACCCGCUCCUCCACCCUCUCCCCACCAUGCUUUCAAUGGUCUAUCUAUGGAAGAGCGAUGGGCUCGGCAUCUUCGCAACCGACAAAAUAUGAUCGCAGGGGUCGGAACUUCAGCUACGGUUGAGCAGCAGACUCGGUAUCAUGAACAACUCCGGGGUCAAUCGACUACUGCACGACACCCACUGGGCCUAACGCUGGUUUGGUUACGGCUUCGGGAGUUGCUAGCUGGACAAAUUCCUCUUGGGGUGGUGAGGUUUUUGAGCAAGUAUACGAGAGAACACGAACCAAGCGAAUAUCAUAGGCCAGAGGCAUCUCUAUACCGAUACAGCGAACGGGGAAACCGCUUUGAAUUUAUCGAUUCGCCCUCAUCCUCGCUCAGCGAUAGACCAGACUCGCUUUCGUCUGCAGAGACGGUCGUGUUUGCAGGUGGAGCGUCAAGCUAUACUAUCCAUGCGGAAGAUAAUAGGCUUAUAAACAUUCUGGGUCGGUGGAUAAGUAAUGCCCGCGGACAAUCAAGGGAUAUCUCGUUCUACGGGUUGACGAAGACAGUUAUUCGUAAAGUUUACGCACUCUUUAUCACCACCACUGACGCUGCGACUCAGAUCACCCCAUCCAAUAACAAUGUCCAUAAUUACGCCUCUGUCAUCAGUGACUCCAAUGUGUCUACUGAUGGUAUUCAAGCUAAUAUAAAAGGUCGUACUGGCAGUACUGUCUUAGCCGUUGGAGAGGGCGUGGGGAAAAGUGUUGGUAUUUCUACUCGAGCAUCUAGUGGUCAUAUCCGAUGGUCCGAUAUCGAAACCGCACGUUCUACGACUGAAACCCUCACUGCCGUUCGUCAAGGCAGUAAUAAUAACGGAAAGAGAAACAUUCCCGUUGCAUGCCCUGCCUUCAGCGUCCCCAAUGAUUUACUCACGAUGAAUGGGCAGGUGAAUGGGCAGGUGAAUGGGAAUGUGUCGAUACCGACUCUGGUUGUUACGGAAGCGUCAUCCCCUUCGACAUCCCCUUCGACAUCUGUUAGUAAUGCAGAGAAUACAAGCCCUACGAGAACCCCAGUUCCUACUAGAGCCCCUAGUCCCACCGGAGAACCCACUGCUGAUCCUAUAUCGGGGCUUUAUGAGGUAUCCUUUCCUCCUACGAGAACCCCAGUUCCUACUAGAGCCCCUAGUCCCACCGGAGAACCCACUGCUGAUCCUAUAUCGUGGUCUUAUGGGGUAUCCUUUCCUCCUACGAGAACCCCAGUUCCUACUAGAGCCUCUAGUCCUACUGGAGAAUCCACUACUAAUCCGGUAGCGAAUGGUCAACAUCAACCAUCCAACGGCUUUUCAUCAGGAUCAUCAGGAUCUGCCGAGAGUUUGGUUAAUGGCGGCGAAGCUCACACUUCUAAUUCGCGCGAGGAAGGACCCUCAACUAGUACCCAUACAUCUACGUUUCCGCAGCAACCGCAAGGCGAGCGCGUAGCUGAUAACAGAUUAUCACCUUCGGACUGGACACCUGCUACCCAUGAGAUAUCUUCUUUCGAGCAUGAUUUAGAUCUUGCUCUGGUGGCAGCACUACAACGGCCGCCCAGGCCCGAGAACCCGCCGGGAUACCAGCCGAUACAGGAAAGUGUCGCAAACCAGCCGGUACAGGAAGCUGUCGCAAACCAGCCGCCAGUUCCUGAUGUAAACCAGCCCCCUAAUGUCGAGCAAGGUGGUAUACCACCAGCGCCCCCUGAUGUCGAGCAGGGCGCAGUAGUAGCACCCCGCAGGCGAUCUAUCCGGCGGUGGUUGGGAAUGCUGGCGAGAGACUUCAGGAGAUGGUUCCGCGGCCUGCCUCUCACCGAGAGGAUUGGAUUCAUCUCUAUCCCCGUGCUCAGCCUCGUUAGCUCCCUUGUUCUUUGGUCGGUCCUUAACACCUCUCGAUCUUAACAUUUGUUUAAUCAGCUCAACAACCACAGCUCUACUUCCUUCCUCGGGUGGGUUGCCUUGUAUGGUCUGUUGCGGGACGGUGGAGGAAUUGUACUAGUGAUGAAGUACCUCUGGAGGCAUGUGCUAUUGGGUUUAGGGGAUUAUUAGAUUUUGCAAAAAAGCGGUUUUUGUUUUAGAGGAAUAUCAUGUCAUAGCCAGCGUUAUGUAGAGUAGGCUUGAAGAUCAUUCUAUAGUUACUUGCUUGGUAGUGGAUUGCCUACCUACCUUAGGUACUUACUCUUCCUACUAAUUAGGGUACGUUAAAUAAAUUACUCUACUUGCGUUUUA